GGUUGUACUCCUACACGGAAACGAGAAUGUUUUCACCACAUGGAACUCGACUUCUGAAACUAAUACCAUCAACUGCACGCGUCUCACAAUAUACGUGUUUUGCCAAAUAUACUAAGAUCGGGAGUAAGAAGUUGAGGAACUCAUUUGCCGAGCCAGUGCCCAGCGCCACCUGUGCUCCUCUUCGGCCUCCGUCUCUCAGUGAGGAGCAGCUGGACCGGAUCGCCCGAAACAAGCAAGCGGCUCGAGAGAAACUCGCCGCUGGUCAAGCGCCGGUUGGCUUCGGGGAGAGCUGGAGAAAGGGAUUAUCCGCUGAAUUCGGGAAGCCCUAUUUUAAACAGCUGAUUUCAUUUGUUACUGAUGAGAGGAACCGCCACACUAUCUACCCACCUGCAGAAAAUGUCUUCACCUGGACCCAGAUGUGUGACAUUCAAGAUGUCAAGGUGGUAAUUCUUGGUCAAGAUCCAUACCAUGGCCCCAACCAAGCCCAUGGAUUAUGUUUUAGUGUGCAAAGACCAGUUCCACCUCCACCCAGUUUGGUGAACAUGUAUAAAGAAUUGGCCUCAGAUGUUGAAGGCUUUGAGCACCCUGGACAUGGAGAUCUGACUGGGUGGGCUGAACAAGGUGUGUUACUGCUCAAUGCUGUGCUGACUGUCCGAGCUCAUCAGGCCAACUCCCACAAAGAGAGAGGCUGGGAAACCUUUACUGAUGCUGUUGUGCAGUGGCUCAGCGCUAACCUGGAAGGCCUUGUCUUUAUGCUGUGGGGGUCAUAUGCGCAAAAGAAAGGUUCUGCUAUUGACAGGAAACGUCACCACAUCCUACAUACAGUGCAUCCAUCACCAUUAUCUGCACACCGUGGAUUCUUUGGGUGUAAACAUUUCUCAAAGGCCAAUGAGUUGUUGACCAAAUCUGGGAAGAAGCCCAUAAACUGGAAGGCACUCUAAAUCUUGUGUUAGUUUUUCUCAAACACUGUUGAACAUUUGUGUAGAUUAACUACAGACCAAACAAUAAGCUUGCUUAUUUUCUCUUAUAUUUUUUGAUAUUAUUUCUUAUUUUUUGCAGUUUGCACAGUUGUUUGCUUUUUCAGCUUUUCUCAAAUCCUAUUUUUCCAAAAUAAACUGAUACAAUUUAUUGUACUUUA